AUGUGGAUGAUCGUCAAGACCGGACUCAAACUUCCAACUGACGGCGUCGGCAAACCGAUACCUUGCGAGAACUGGGAUGUAGCCCUAAUCAAGAAGACUAAUGCACGCCCAGCCGAGAAUGGUAUAGUUUUGGUUGCAAGUACAAGCAAAAGGCGCAGAACCGAAUCAGAGUCGAAAGAAGAACCGGAUUCUGAUGACGACGACGACGAGCUCACAGUCGAACUUGUCAACCUACAACCAACAGAUCCAUCUAUCAGCGACAAAGAAUCUCUAACGCCAUCAUCUGUUCCAGCAACUCAGGUGCCACCACACUCAUCACAAGAAGAGCGUGAAGUUGAGCUGGAGGAAAAUGAAUCGAAAAGAAGAUUUUGGUCUCCCGAUGAAGAUGUGGUCCUUGCGAAGUCAUGGGCAACUAUAAGCACUGAUGCAAUCAUUGGUAAUGACCAGAAGGAUCAAGCUUUUUGGAAACGUAUUGCUGAUUACUACAACAAACAUCGUCCCACUGGAUCUAUGAUGAGAAGUUAUCAGCGUCUGAAAUCAUAUUAUUACAGGUUUGCACCGAUGGUAAAUGAAUUUUCUGCAACUUAUAAUAAUUUUUAUACUCAUCGGCAAAGCGGUUGGAGUGACGAGAAUGUGUUGGAAAAUGCACUGAAUAUGUGGAAAGCCAACAACAAUAACAAGGAUUUUAAGUAUAUGCAUGUAUGGAGGGUUCUCAAAGACUACGAGAAAUAUAUUGCACAAUCAGUUGCUCAUUACUCUAACAAGAAGGCAAGGACAUCCGAGUCAGGAGGAAACACUUCAACAUCAAAUCCAGAUACAAGUGUUGAUUCAGAUGACUCUGAAGUCCGCAUUCGUCCGAUAGGGCAAAAGGCAGCGAAGAGGAAGGGUAAAUCUAAAGCCAGAGAGGGCGACACAAUGGAACAUAACAUCGACAAAAAAUGA